AUGGCGGGAGUUAAGGGCUCGAACGCGCUGAUUCAGCAGCUUCUCGAGGCAGAGGAAGAGGCCGACACCAUUGUCAACAAGGCGAAGGAAAAUCGCGUGAAGAUGCUCAAGGAUGCGCGCUUCAGCGCCGAAGAGGAGCUGAAGGUAUUCCGCGCGAAGGAGGAGGAGCGCUUCAAGGCUGAGUACGAACAGACAGCGGGACAAGAGGACUCGCUGGUGUCCAGCUUGGAGGCGAAGACGAAAGGCGAGAUCGAAGGCAUCAAGAAAGAUUACGUGGAGAACAAAGACGCGCUGAUCAAGUUUAUUCACAGCAAGGUUAUGGAUGUCGAUCUUUCUUUGACAGCCGAAACCGUCGCCGUGCUGCGCAACUGCGAAAUGCGUGGUGUCACCCCCUAG